UCCUGUCUCAAAAAAAUUAAAUACGCAGUUGCAGUUGUGUUCUCUAAGUUCCUAUCUUUCUGCCAGUGCCACCUAGGUGGCCUCUCAAAACCUUGACCCAGCCGCCACCAGCAUUGCUGCUGCCUAUAAAGGUGCCACCCCCAGCAGGGGUGCCGCCUGGGACCCUGUGGGCAAAAGGCUACAGCAGGAGUUGAUGACCUUCACAAUGCCUGGUGACACAGGGAUUUCGGCCUUCCCUGAAUCAGGCAACCUUUUUAAAUGGGUGGGGACCAUCCAUGGAGCAGCUGGCACAGCAUAUGAAGACCUGAGGUAUAAGCUCUCCCUAGAGCUCCCCAGGGGCUACCCUUACAAUGUGCCCAUGGUGAAGUUCCUCACGCCCGGCUACCACCCCAACAUGGACACCCAGGGUAACAUCUGUCUGGACAUCCUGAAGGACAAGUGGUCUGCCCUGUAUGGUGUCAGGACCAUCCUGCUCUCCAUCCACAGCCUUCAAGGAGAACCCAGCGUUGAUAGCCCUUUGAACAGGCAUACUGCCGAGCUCACAGCUUUUAAGAAGUACUUGCAAGAAACCUACUUAAAGCAGGUCACCAGCCAGGAGCCCUGACCCAGGCUGCCUAGCCUGUC